CUGCCUUGAGUUAUCUCCCUUGCGACCUCCAAAUUUUGGGGAAUCCGAGGAUGUCGAGGAUCGGGUACACUCAAGAUAUGCCCCCGCCUGGGGGGUACAGGCCUAUACAAUAUGAAAAGAUAAUGCCUAAGCAAGGAAAUGCAUUUAUAAAGUUAGCAGGUUUGGUUGGCUUUACUACAUUUGGAAUAAUUUCCUAUUAUAAAACAAGAAGAACAUGGAGAUUAAGAAGAAUAGAACAGAAUGAUGCUAGAUUUGCUGUAGAACCACUCAUUAUGGCAGAAAGGCAAAGAAGUACAAUGAAAUACUGGAGGAAACUUAGAGAUGAAGAGAAUGAAUUGAUGAAAAAUGUCCCACAUUGGAAAACUGGUACCUUAUAUGGAGAACCAGUUUAUUACAGUCCAAGGGGCAGAUUUGUGGAGCCUAAUUUUACAGAAUACUAUGCUCAUACUAAUUCAAAAUCAGCUGCAUAUCACAGAAAUGAAGCACGCAAACAUUAAAUAAACAAGUUCGUAGAUUCUAAUAUUAUAUGUAUGAAUGUAAUUAUAAAUGUUUGUUAAAUACAAAAUGAAUUGAA